ACGUGAAACCUUCUCCGCCUCAGUCGCGGGGUAGGGUGAGGCUGGCGGUCCAGACCGCGCGUUUUCUGUGCUCUGCGCCUGCGCGCUGCCUUGCCUGCCUCUCCCUGACCUCGGUAGCGGCCUGCUUGUCCACGCUCCUGCCAGGGGAGCCAAGGCCCUGACACAGGGUACCAUGGGCUUUAACUAUCGGGCUCCUCACCCUGCGGAGUAGGAAAACGAUGGUCGCCGCCGAAGUCAAGUGCCUGGCUCAAGGUCGCAAUAAAUAGGUCCCUUUUCUUCCUUAAAGUGACAAGUUGUCUCUUGACGUGUGUAUAUUGGGGGUGAGGGGAGGUGAAUGUAGUCCUUAUUGAGAAGAAUCUCGAUUGGCCCCAUUUGGUGGGACAUCCCUCUCCCCUGCAAGAAUCCUAGAAAAAGUAUGUGUCAGAGUCAGUUUUCUGACACGUGUUGUCCUGAUGUGACUCAGGACUCCUAAGUGUCCCUUAAUCUUGAGUGCUCCAGGCAACUCUCCAAGCCUUGGAAUCCUGCCUUGGUAGGAGAGUUCCUUAUUGGGGAGUUCCUUUAUACAGGUGAAAUCUUGGGACUAGACCCAAAGACUUAAUUCUAGAAAAGCCAAUGAAUUCCCAGAAAGACCCCAAUGACUGAUUUUUAGCAAAUUUUUUGUGGUGUCAAAAAAAAAAGGACUGUGGUAUCGUGAAUUAAGUUUUCUCUCAAAUUGCAGCCCAUCCCUUAACUGUUACCAUUCUCCUUCCCUUACUCUUGAAACAUAUUUGCAAGAAGCUUAAAAGGACCAAAAGGAAUAAUGAAAUGAUAGGAUUUCAGAUCUAUUAAGAGAUCAUCUCAUUCAUCUCUCAUUUUCAACAGAGAAAAUGGAGUCCUUUUGGGACCUUGGAGUCAUCUAGUCUAUUUGAUACUUAAUGAUCUGGGGAUCAAAUGAUUUGUGCAACACCAAGAUAGUAAGUGGCUGGAGUAGGCAUUUGAACUCAGUUCCUCUCCAAGGUCCCAUAACUAGUUAGUAUCAGAACCAGGACUCAUCUGCUGACCAUGUCUCAUACACUACACUGAGGAACUGGGCAAGUUGACAAUUUUUCUGAAUGCCCAUUUGGAUGUGUAUCUUAAAGUCACUAGGACUUAAUCUCCCACUCCACUAAAGAAAAUUGCCUACCUUUCCUUCUGAGUUUUUGUCCCAUUCAGACACUUGAACCUUUCUUUGUAGGGUUCUUACUCAGUAUUUUAGAUUUAUCUGUUGGCCCCCUGAUUAUUAAGUUCCUUGAGAGCAGGGACUUUUUUGUACUUUUGUCCUCCUUUGUAACUCCCUUACUUAGCAUAGUGAAUGACACUUAGAACCCAGUUAGUAAAUAUUAUAGAGUCCACGGUGUAACAGCCACCAUGCUAUAUUUUGGGCAUAGUCCCUGCCCUCAGGAAAUUCACAAUCUAAUAGGGGAGAGAAUAAGCAAACAAAUACAAAUCAAGCUAUAUAUAGGAAAUAAGAGAGAAAUAAUAAUAAGAGGUUGGGAAUCCCAGUUUUUGUAGAAAAUGGGAUUUUAUUUUGGAAGGUAGUAGGUAGAGAUGAGGAGGGUGCCAAGCAUGGGGAAUAGCUAGGGAAAAUGCCCAGAACUGAGAGAUGAAGUGCUUUGUGAAACAGAAAGGAGGCCAGUAUUAGAAGAGUAUUGGUUGAAGAAUAAGUUGUAAGAAGGCUGAGAAAAGGAAGGGAGUGGGUUAUGAAGGGAAUAUCCAGAGAAUUUUGUAUUUGCUUCUAGAAGGUAUUGUUGGACACUGGAGUUAACUGAGGAGGGGGUGAUAUGGUUGGACCUUCAACUUUAGGUAAAUAGCUUUGGCUGAAUGGAGAAUGUAUUGGAGUGGGGAGAGACGUGAGGCAGGCAGUAGACUGUUGAAGUAAUCCACUUGUGAUGUGUUGAGGAACUGUACCAGAAUGGUAAUGUAAAGAGGGAGCAUAUUUGAGAGAUGUUACAAGGGUGAAAUCAACAGUCACUGGCAACAGCUAGGAUAUUGGGGGAAGGGGCAUUGAGACAUAGUGAGGGGUUGAGGAUAAUGCCUCCAUUGGGAACCAAGUAACUGGGAGGAUGGUGGUGUCCUUGACAAAAAGGAAAGUGGAGAGGAGAGGAAAGGUUUAGGGGAGAAGGAGAAUGAAUUCACUUUUGGACAUAUUGUGUUUAAGAUGUCUACUGGACUUAAUUUUGAGAUGUCUGAAAGCCAGUUGGAGAUGUAAGAUUAUAAAUCAGUGGGAAGACUGGGGUAGAAUAGGUAUAUUUGAUUAUCAUCAGCAUAGAUAUGGUGGGACAUCUAUAGUUAAAGAAAGUAAUCUGAAUGAGGAUUCAGGAAAGGAGAGUGAAAAGGAUGGAUCAGGUAAGAAAGAAAACCUUGGGAGGUGCUCCAAAAAACCUAGAGAAAAGAAGAGAAUGAUUAACCAUGUCAAAGACUGUGAAGAAGAUUAAGAAAAGACCAUUAGAUUUGGCAGCUAAAGGAUCUUUGGUAAUCUUGAAGAGAGCAUUUUCAGUAGAAUUGAUGAAACUGGAAGAUUACAAGGGGUUAAAGAGAGUUAAUAAAUUCUUGUUAAUCAGUAGUUGAGUUAAUUAGUAUUUGGUUUAUUGACUGCUUUUUUUUCCCCAAUAGUUGCACAUUACCGUUGGUUAUCUAAAGCUCGGGGCCUAUUUGGUUGCUCAAAAGUCAGUUUUAUUAUAUCAUAAACUUAUAGAGCAUCUGGUACAGGCUUUUGAUUUUACUGAAGACAUUGAUUUCAUCUACUUCCUUAUAUUCAGAGACCAUGAUUGUUAUACCUAGUUGGGUCAUACAAGUGCAAAUCCCUUGGAAGUAAAGGAGGAGAAAAGGAAGCUUUAUUAAACAUCUACUAUGUGGCAGAUACCAUAAAAAGUGCCUUAUAGAUUAUUAUCCCAUUUGAUCCUCAAAAUAUCCUGGGAGGUAGAUAUUUUUAUUAUUGCCAUUUUAUACUUGAAGGACCUGAGGCAAAAGUUACCUGACUUGCCCAGAUUCACACAGAUAGUGUCUGAGGCUAGAUUUCAACUCAGGUCUUCCAGACUCCUAGCAUAGCAUUUUAUCUAUCCUCUGUGCCAUCUAAAUGCCUCUAGGCAAAUACCAUCACAAUACUGUACUGUGUUUUAGAUUAUACUUAUGGAUCAUGUUAUUAUUUGGAAAGAUUUCUUAUCCAUGCCUCAUAUUUGGAAGAGAAUUUCAAAGACCCAUGGAUGAUGAUCAUUUUGCUUAUCAGUAUGCAGAAUCUUGAGCACUUUGCAUCUAGUACUGUACAUUCUAUUCCUAAAUGUUUUUUACCAAAUCAAACUUUGAAUCUAUAUAAGCUAUAAACACAGUUUCACAGAAUUUGAAUUCUCUGGCUCCAGAGUCUCAAUUUUUUGACAUCUGAGGAACUUUGUACACAAUAGCUAUUUAUACUUUUGGGAAACUGCCAAAUUCUACCUUUGUUUUAAAUUAUUAGGUAUUCCACUAACUUAUCUAGGCAAUGCAUUGACUAGGGGAUAAAUUCAUGUGGAAGGUUUUUAUUUUUGGAUGUCAUCUGUAAACCUCAAAUUUCCUUAGACUUAUAAAUGUUGGAAAUUUCACCUUUGGGAUAUUUCAUACUUGGAAAAAUUCUUACUGAUAGUCUAUUGGAAUGGGAACCCCAUUGGCAUGGGAGGUUCCUUCUCUUCCCUUCUUAAGAUUACUUUAGGACAGAAACCUUUUGCUGAACAAUGGAAAGGACUUUGACCUAUGCUUAAGCAUAGAACAGGAAUUUCUUUGAGUCUUGAUUGAUUUUAGAAUUGAUACAAUGGAGAUACUCCACCCUAUUCAGUCCUAAUAGGAUUGAGUAAGGGCUGCAGCCUAGAUCAAAAUUUAAUUAUUUCUAAAUCUCUACCAUACUCAAGUUAACAGGAUUUAGAAAGGGCUGUAGCAAAGGAGUAAAGAUUUAAUCAUUUGAAAAAUAUGACCUUCAACAGACAUGUGCAAAAGCCAGAAACCUCUGGGCGGUCCUGGGUUAAGCGAGAGCCUCCAUUGACAGGGAAAUUGAUGAAGAGUGAUUGGUAGAUGUGAGGACUGAGGGGAGGCAACUUGGAUGGUUUCCUGAAAGAUAGGGGGUCAGGGGGUCUGAAGACUCCAGGGAGGUUGAGGAGUUUUGGUCGGGGUGAUUCCUGUGGCUAGGAGAAGGCUUGCUCUGAAGGAAGCUGAAGGUGGGGGCCUCUGAGACUGUUUCUCCAUUUUGGACACGUGAGUAAUAGGGACUGAUCUCUUUUCUUUGCCCCAGCUAUCUAAGGGCUUGGGCCUUUUAAGCCCUAUUCCCUUCUCUCCCCUUUCUCUCUCUCUAUCUCUAAUUCCUUUCUUACUCCUAUUGUAAUUAAACUCCAAAAAAGGCUGACGGCUGACUUGAGUUUUUUAUUUAGGAAUUACAUAGCUGAUUCCUUGGCGACCUUAAAUUAAUAUAUAUCAGUCUUUUAAAGUGAUUCCCUUGUUACACAUCCAGUAUUAUCUUUUCCUCGGUUUGGUUUGGUUUUUAACCUGGACCAAAUAGAGCCUCUCUCAAGUUUUGGAAUGUAUUUUGUUUAAUUUAUUUUCCACAUUUGUGAUGAAAAGCAGCAUAGAAUAAAGGAUAGAACCUGUCUCCUUAUCUUGAUGUUGUAGGUUAAAGUCUCUUCUGCCACAUAAUAUAUAAGCAACCUUAGAUAAGUUUUUCUUUUUUAAAAAGUGUUAUUAAUAAUAUCUUUAAUAAGUUUCCUCCUGUUUCCCUGCUGCUGCUCUACUACCACUUCUUUCCUCUCCACACCACCCCAGAGAGCCAUGUCAUAUUACAAAGAAUUUUUUUUUAAGAAUGAGAAAACCUCAGCAAAACCAACUUAUUGAAAAAAAUCUGACAGUAUAUGUAAGAGACCCAUAUAUUUAACAGUAUAUGAAGACCACACCUGUUGUCUCUUCACCUUUGGAAAGUAGUAGAGAAUAAUGUCUUUUCAUAACAGUAUUAUAAUCAGUAUGUAUAAUUUCUUGCUUCUAAUUACUUCACUUUGCAUGAGUUCAAACUAGUAAUUUUUUCCAUGCUUCUCUAUUAAUCAUUCAUUGUUAUUUCUUAAGAUGUAGUAAUAUUCUGUUACAUUCAUGUACCACAGUUUAUUUAGGCAUUCCCCAUUCGAUGGGCAUCUACUGUACAUUGUUUCCAGUUUGCUGCUAUAUUUUUCCCCCUAAAACCUUUACUUUCUGUCUUAGAAUCAAUACCACUUGAGGUCAGAUUCAAAUCUAGGACCUCCUGUCUUGAGGACCUCCUGGCUCUCAAUCUACUGAGCCACCUAGCUGCCCCAAGCUGCUAUAUUUUGUAGUAUAUAUGGGGUAUAUGCCUAGCAAUGGAAUCCAAGUCAAAAGGUAUUUUAGGCCAGUGAUGGCGAACCUUUUAGAGAUCGUGUGCCCAAAUUACACUCCUCAAGCUGCCUGUGAGCCCCCUGCAUUACCCCAGAGAGCAGAGGAAGGACGUUCACUUUGGGCUAUUGGGCAGAAGGGUCAGCAUGUGAAAAUUGUCCUCAGGUGUGGUGGGGAGGGGAGCAGCCCCCUCCAGCAUGCCAAGGUGCGUGUGCCAUGCCUUCGCCAACACGAUCUAGGCUCUUCCUGUGGUCCCUUCAUACUUGCCAUUCCUCACACACAACUCUUAUCUCCUAUCUUUUCCACUGUUGUCCAUAUCUGGAAUUUUUUCCUUCUGACCUUCUUUUGGAAUCCUUAUGAAAACUCAGUGUAAGUGCUUCAUACAUGAAUCUUUUCUUGAUUCCUCCACUCCCAGCUGCUAAUGCUAUUCUUCCCCAAACUAUUUUGCAUAGUCUCUUGUCUUCUUUCAGCUUCUUAAGGUUAGGAACUAUUUAUUUCACUUUUUUUUUCCUUUGCUUCCCUAGCAUAAUGCCUGACACAUAAUAGGUGUUUACUUAUAGUAGGUACCUGGUGAGUGAUUGCUAAAUAGUUGUGAGAUUUUUUUUUUAAACCCUUACCUUCCGUCUUAGAGUCAAUACUGUGAAGGGCUCCAAGGCAGAAGAGUGGCAAGGGCUAGGCAAUGGGGGUCAAGUGACUUGCCCAGGGUCACACAGCUGGGAAGUGUCUGAGGCCAGAUUUGAACCUAGGACCUCCCGUCUCUAGGGCUAGCUCUCAAUCCACUGAGCUACCCAGCUGCCCCUAGUUGUGAGAUUUUAUUGAGAACAACAGCCAAACUGAAGAAGUUUGAAGGAUGAGGAAGAAUCUGGUCAGAUAAAUCAAAAUAGGGAAAUUAAGAUGAACGAGGUUGGGUUGUGGGAAAGGGGCAAGGAGGGUAAAGUCAUUGUUAUUUGCUGCCAGGACCAGUGAGAAUUCAGGUGGAGAGGCCUAGCCAAUAGUUGUUGAUAUAGACCUGGAGCAAGGAAGAGAUGUUGUCUAUAGUCCAAUGACUAGAGAGAAAUUUAGGAAUUAUCUACACAAAUUUGACAAAGCCAUGGAAGUAAAUGACAUUUCCAAGAGAAUAGACUAAAAAGAAGAGGCCACUGACAAAACUAUUGAGGUGAUUGUCCCAUACUUGGUACACUUGGUAAGCAAAUGGAUGAAAAGAAACCAAUAAAGGAGGCCAAGAGUGAGAGCAUCAGAGAAAUAAUAUGAGAAUGUGGGACAAGAGGAUCAAAGGAUUUGUGUUUUGAUUUUUGUAUGACAAAUAUUGCAGAAAGGUGAAAGGACAUCAAGAUUGUUAACAUUUUGUGGGCCAUAUAGGUUGGAUUGAUAAACAGAAAGAAUUUAGCUUUUUGUGUGUAUGCCAGGUCGGUAUGUGCUAAGAUAUGGACUUUAAAAAUUAAAGCAAGUUAGUUUCAUCAGUGAUUGUAAAAAAAUAUUCUCUGUAAACCAAAGAAAUUGGUACUAAUAAUAUGUCAUAGGAAGGGCAUAUAGGUGGCACCAAAUACUUAAUCCAAAUUUUGCAAUAAGGUACUAUAUAUAAAACAUCCUAUAAAAGAAAAAUUCAGAUGACUUCCCUGGUACAAAGGGAGGGCCAAAAUAUUUUACAUCAAUUUUCUAGAUUGUGGGGGCACUGCAGCCCUAACUCCCAGGAUGUAUAAGGAUACCUGUAUAUUGAAACGCAGUUAUCAGAAUGUUUUCUAAUAAGAUCUCAGGUUAAGAACCCCUGAUCUAAUUUAACUAUUCCACUGGAUCUGCCAUCUUCUAAAGAUUGUAAGAAAAAUGCUUCAUUAAUAUUUUAGGUUCAGAGGUUUAAAACUGAAAGAGAACAGAGAUCUAGUCUCUUCUCCCCACCCGUUCCAUUUUACAGAUGAGAAUAAAGGCAUAGAAAGAUGAAAUGACUUAUAUAAGUUGUCAUGUUCAACACUUUGUGACCCUAUUUGGGGUUUUGUUGGCAGCGUUAGAAGAAUGAUUUUGCCAUUUCCUUCUCCAGCUCAUUUUAGAAGUGAGGAAACUGAGGCAAACAGGGUUAAGCGAUUUAUAACAGGGUCAUACAGUAAAUGUUUGAAGCCAGAUUUGAACCUAGGAAGAUGAGUCUUCCUGUACUCUGUCCACUGCAUCACCUAGUGCCCCAAAUAGCUUUUAGGUAAUAGUGCUCAACUCCUCUUGACUAUAAACCAGUGUUUUUACCACUGUGGCACAUGUCCAUUUCUUUGUAUAGUCAGUUUUCUUAGUAAAUGUCUUUGUCAAAUAAUAUGGUCUUAAUGAUUUUAAAACUGAACUCCAGCUAUCCUGUGGUCUUGCUCUGUGUGGGGCAUCUAUAUACCUCAUUGUGACCCAGGCAGUGCUCCGUGAGGUUAGCCUUGCAGGGUCCAUCCUCUCCACCUGGAUCUGCCGGGACAUGAUCAUCAGCCACUGCCUAGGCUUCACCUACCAAGUCAAUUGCCAGCAGACACUGAACAUGCAUUACAUACAAUGAAUUUUGAUGUCAUCAAAGGCAAGCUAAGUCUGCAUCAUGUGGUCUCAGUGUGAUCCAUCACCCCACAAAGUUGUGUGGUCAUUAUAUUCACCAAAAAUUUGGAUAAAUUCAUUGAUAAGACAUCGCAUGAUAUAUUUUCUGCUUUUGGUUUGAGAAGAUUCACUGCUACUAAGCCUCCAUCUUGGCCUUGCCCCAUUUUCUGCUUUUGGAAACAUCCUUUCUUGUAAUGUGGUAUAUGAUGAAAAUGUGGAUUUGUACAGAGACACAAGAAGAAAGCUAUUGGAAAAAAUGAAUGGAUGAAUGACGUUUUUUCAUGAUCACAGUCUUUGUUGGUCAAUUUAAAUCCCGUAAAGAAAGAGAAGCAGAACUUAGACCUAGAAUAAGAGUUCACUAAUGUUCACAUCAAAAAAUUUAUCAAGGACAUGGAUGAUUUAAUACUUAAGGACCAUUUUGGGGCAAGUUUGGACCUGCCGUAAGUGUAAAAGUAUGAUUGGUUCACAUCUCAAAACAUCAGCAGACACUCUAAUGCCUGCAUAGUUCCACAAUCCAAGUGUGCUGGAAGUGCUUACCAUCCUCAACAUUUUCUUUAUGGACUCCACAGGUUACCAUGUAGCAGCUUGCUUGUUCAUGUACAAGGAAAAAAUUCCCACAUGAAGAAAAAGGACCUUCUGCAUUGUGUGAUGGAUUCAGAAGCCCAUGAAAAGAGGCGAAAAAACCUGUCACCAUCUUCAAAUCAAGAUACAUCACACAAUGUAAAUGUUAAUGAGUUUAAGCAUUACCUUUGUGGAUGCUGUGCAGCCUUUAACAAUAUAGCAGUCACAUUUCCCAUUCAGAAAGUCCUUUUUCGGCAACAGCUAUAUGGACUCAGAACCCGAGAUGCUAUACUUCAGUUAAAGAAAGAUGGAUUGCGAAAUUUGUACAGAGGAAUUCUGCCUCCAUUAAUGCAGAAGACUACAACAUUAGCACUUAUGUUUGGUCUCUAUGAAGAUUUCUCUUGUAUUCUCAGCAGGCAUGUUAUUAGUUCUCCUGAAAUUGUGACUCGAAGUGUAGCAGCUGUUCUGGCUGGAACAACAGAGGCCCUUCUUACACCACUAGAACGUGUACAGACAUUACUGCAAGACCAGAAGAAUAAUGAUAAAUUUACAAACACCUUGCAUGCUUUCAAGGCACUGAAAUCCUAUGGCAUUGCAGAAUAUUAUCGAGGUUUGAUACCCAUUCUUUUCCGUAAUGGACUCAGCAAUGUACUGUUUUUUGGCCUUCGAGGACCCAUUAAGGAAUAUUUGCCUGAAGCAAAGUCUCAUAGUGCUCAUUUGGUUGAUGAUUUUAUCUGUGGAGGUGUAUUGGGUGCCAUGUUGGGAUUCAUUUUUUUUCCACUGAAUGUUGUAAAAACUCGAAUGCAGUCACAAAUUGGUGGGGAAUUCCAGUCUUUCUCCCAAGUUUUUGGAAAAAUCUGGGUAGAGCGUAAUGGGAAAUUGACACAUCUUUUCAGAGGCGCCCAUUUGAAUUACCAUCGAUCCCUCCUAUCCUGGGGCAUAAUAAAUGCAACUUAUGAGUUCUUGUUAAGGCUUUUAUGAAAGAUGUCAUCAAUAAAUCCCAGUAAUAAGCUUAGUAGAACUAAGAAGACAGAUUACAUUCUGAUUUUUAAUAGGCUAAAUACUAGGCAGUGACAAUAUGGGCAAAAUAAUUUUUCUUUGGGCUGGCUAGAAAUGAGAAUAAAAGUUUAUGGGCAGGAAAGUUAAAUUAUUUUUGUCAGUAAAUGCUAGGUUAGGCUUUUGAUAUCAUUACCAUCAGUGUUGAUGAAAAGGUGCAGAGUCCAAGAAGUGAUUUUUUUUUUCCUUUCCUGUAAAUUCUUUCAGUCGUCUAUUAAAACUUGAGCUGCCCCAGACAGCUGGAGAAAAGGGUCCUAGUGUCCUGAGAUUUCUCAGGCAUUUUGUGCUCCACCUUCUUGCUUGUUCUCUAGAGUUGUAGAAUAGGGUCUAAGUUUUGUAAGUCUUCAGAAUUCAGAGGGUCAGAGAAGAAAGUAAAAUGGAGAAGAGAAAGAAGUAGCUCUAUUAGGUAUGGACUUUCCAUGAAAACUGCUUACCUUCAUUAUAAAGCCAAAUGUAUACAGUUACCAAAUUAUGUUGCUCUUAAGUCACAAAGGAUUUAUUUUCAGUGAUGGAACUGAGCAACUUAUUCACAAAAUAACUUUCUCUUCUGAAAAAAUCAACUUUAAAUUAGUCAAAAAUUCAAAUUCUCCUUUCUAGAUGCAAUUUUCCUAUUUAAUUGAUCCAAGAUUUGUUGAACUCUUAGAGCUUUAAAUGUUGUUUUACCCUGCUUAAAGUUAAAUUUCAUCACAAAAUGGGGAAACUUGAAUCUCAUCUUUUGAGACAAAAUUUUCAUUCCAUUUUCAUGUGGAUAGAACUGUUUCAUUGAAUUACUGCUUCAUCUGCAAAGGUGUUUUGUUUCCUCGCAUAGUCAAAGAGUUGAGCAAGUUGAAAUUCCACUAACUCUGUCUUCUUCCUCCCCUCUUUUUAAAGAGAAGCAGCUUUGUUCACUUGUUAACUUCAUCUUCACAUCUGUUAUGUGUCCCAGCUUUGCAAAAGCUCAUUAUUUUGUAGCCAAGGCUUUUUCUGGUUUCCAAAUAGAAGGGGGGGGGGGGGGACUGAAAGCAUACUUUCCAUAAUACCAAGUAAUUUUUGUAUUCACAUCUUAAAUUUGUGUUGGGACCCAAAUUUUAGAUUUAUCUUUAUAAAUCAUAAAACUCAACCAAGUCUUGAGCCUGCUGGGAUUUUAGCAGUUGAUGCUAAAUAAAUCUUGACGGCUAGUAACUAAACAAGUUGGGGAUAUCAUUUACUGAAAAAAUGGGACUAAAAACAUUUUUUUCCCCAGGGAAAUGACAUGGUUGAAAUAACAGAAAUAAAGAGUUUUGCAACCAGAAAUGUCCCAGGAAAAGCAUUAUCUAUAAAAGACCUAUGAAGUAUUCUUUAACUCUAGGUUGGUUUCAAUUAUCUGUCAUACUUGACAUCAAUGACUUUGCAAACUAGAAGGAAAUGCUUUCUUUUUUUAAGGACUGAUAAAUGGAUGUUGUAAUGCAACUAAAUUUCCUGUCCUUGAUAUUCAAAUAUUUCAAUUAUCUGAAAAUCUGUUUAACAUCAAGGCUUUGACUGUUGCAUGGGAUGAGUUAGUGAAAAGUCCAGAAAGCAUGCUUACAUAACAUGCAGUAUGACUGGCUGUACUGGUGAAUUUGACAUUUCUCUCCAACUCGAGGAGAAACCAGCAAACACCAUUUUAAAAAAUUGAUUUACAUUACAGGCAUUAACAGCCUAAAGCAGCCCCAUUUUGUUAUGCUGAAAAGGAAAGGAUAUCUUAUAAACUAACAUUAAAGAUAUUAUGAACACUAUUCAGGGUUAAGUGUUAACCUUUCAAAUCACCAAAUAUAUGUGUAUGGCAACCUAAAGUUUAAUAAAUAAUUUAUUAAGAUGAUUUGAGCAAAUAAGAGUGGAACUUUUCAGAGUUUAAAUGGUGAAAAAAAAAUGAGAUAGGCAUUGGUUUUGGUCAUGUUUUCAGACAAAACCUUUGGAAAUAUUCCCCAAAAUUUGCACUUAAUGAAUGCAUGCACUGUAAAUUAUUUCGCCUUCCAUUGUACAUUGGCCUGCUGAACUGACCGUAUUAUCUUUAUUCCAUCUUGACCUAGUGCUUUGUUUACACUCCAAAUGGGAGAAGUUGUGUUUUAAUGCACUUUUGUACACUAUAAAUGAAAUUCGAAGUCAGGGAGAAUACUUGGUUUUCCCUCUCAAAAAAAAAGAAGUAAGUGUUGGGGACUUGGCCCAUGAAAUGGUAUUUUUAAUGCUCCUAACUGAUGCUAUUUUGGAGUUUCUUGUCACUUUUCUACAGCAUGUGAAGGCCAGAAUGCCUAUGUAUGUGCAUAUGUAUAUAUAUAUGAAGAUGGUUUUGCACCACACUAGGACAUCUUAAAUUUGAAAAAAAGAUUGGAUGAUACCUGUGUGCAUCAUUUAGCCAUCUGCUUUAUUUUGGACUUUUAAAAGAAAGCAUAAUGGGCUAGGCAAGAAGUGCUAAUCACUGAAUUUUCAACUUCACUGUAACUGGCUAGCUGCCAAACUUUUGAAAAGGUAAAUGUUGAAUGAAUAACUCCAGGUGAAAAGCUUUAAAAGUGGCCUUUGUGUUAAUAGUGUUGUCUACUUGUGAACAUGGGGGGGGGGUGCUUUCAAUUUUGUGUUUUUGUGCUUUUGUUGUACAGUAGUUUCAAUCAUGUCUGAUUUGUGGCCCCAUUUGGGGUUUUCCCAGCAGAGAUACUGGAGGGAUUUGCCUUUUCCUUCUCCAGCUCAUUUUACAGAUGAAGAAACUGAGGCAAAAGGGGGAAGUGACUUGCUUAGGAUCAUACAGCUGGGAAGAAUCUGAAGUCAGAUUUGAACUCAGAAAGAUGAGUUUUCCUGAUUUCAGGCCGGGUACUUUAUUACUGCACCGCCUAGCUGCCCCUUUUUGUGGUUCUUGGUUUCUAAUGCUUCCAGGAAGAACUUACGGCUUUGUAUUACAGAGCCCUGAGAAGUUCCUAUGUGCCCUCAUUCAGUGUAGUAAAAACACAGCCUUUGUAUAUUAACAACUGUUGUUUCUCUACUUAUUUAUAAGUGGCGAGGAAAAUGUUCUUGUUUUUUUUUUGUUAAUAUGGUCAGCAUUCAUCAUAGCCAAGGUUGUACAAACCAUGUAAUAUAUGUUGUAAACAGUUCUGUAAAAUGGGAUCAUGUGGAUGAAAAAGUGAAGUUCCUAAGUUAGAUGACUCUAGUACUAUUUGUAUUUCAGUGCAGCAUAGAGUAAUAGGGAAGUAUAAGAGAGCAGACAUUGGGCAUGAUGGCCCCUAAUCAUGUGUCUUAAAAUUAGAUUCAAUAUAGCUGACCUCUUGUAUGUACUAUGUGGUAUUCAGUUAUGAAGUCAAAUUUGCAGUAAAAGGGGAUGGGAAAAGCACUUGGAUCUAAUUUUGCUUUAACGUCAAUAAAAUGUAUUUCCAUUUGUUUUCUGAUGAAUAGAAAA